GCAGGCAUGAGAAAUCACAGUGAGAGCAACGCUUUUUCACCAUAUGUUAAUGUGAAGAGUGAACAGUAAAUGGUUAAUCUUACUGCGAUCUGGUUUGCAUUGGCUGUGGUUUAUCCGGACGUUAAAUUCGGCGUUUCGUUACACCUGAAGGAGAACGUUACAGUGAAAAAGCGGCAUUAUCAGGUGUUUCAAGUGCUGCAAUGUCAGCUCAAUCCAGCAUCAAGUCGACGCCGCCCAGCGACAAGGGCAGUAAACCGACAUCAAGUAAGCCCACCCAGGCGUUAUCAGGUGUUCCAAGUGCUGCAAUGUCAGCUCGAUCUGGGAUCAAGUCGAUGGCGCCCAGCGACAAGGGCAGUAGAACGACAUCAAGUAAGUCCACCCAGGCAAGAGCCAAGGCAGAAGCCGCCAAGGUGCGACUGCAUUACGCCAAACAAGAAGCAGUUUUGAAAAUGAAACUGGCCACCAGAGAAGCCGAAAUCCAGAAAGAAAAGGCUGCCAGAGAAGCCGAAGCGGCUGCCAGAGAAGCCGAAGCGGCCGCCCGAGAAGCCGAAAUCCAGUUGGAAAUGGCAAAAAUAUCGACAGAGUUGCAAGUGCUGCAGCUAGAAAGAGAAGAAGAAGCUGCCAUGGCGGAAGCAAAGUACAUAGAAGAAGCUGAAGGGUCACGUGAUCUGACCGAAGUAAGAUCUACUUUAGAAAGGACCAGACUGGAACGCACAAGCGACUAUGUACAAUCUCAAACAGACAGGCAGGCUCGUCUCCCCUCUCCAUACCUAUUCGAUAACUUCCCCAGCUACGAGGAACCUCAGAGAGUCACGAUUGCAUCACAUCCAUACGAGGAAGGAAAUUUACCCUCACGGCUCCGUGAUGAAGUCAAGAAUGAAAGAACCGAUAACGCUCCUUCACCCCCACAACAGGACGGCGGGGAGGGAGAGGUUCACUCCAGGACAACAAUUGUCAGCUCGAACUGUACAGAAGUUUGCGGUCAAACUCAGUCAAGCCGUUCUUGUUCCGAGAUCUGCCUCACUGAGGUGUACCCUAAAGAAGCACAACAAGACAUUACCAAGCGUAAAGUAACCGACGAGACGCUAGGUCAGUCAGUUUUCGUUCAAACCGAGGACGGAAACAAACUUGCACAAUCAGCUCAAGAUACCAUUUCUUUAAAACCCAAAAACACCAAGGUCCUCAGAGAUGAAGCAAAUAAUGGGGAAAAUGAAUCUCUGGUUUGA